UGAUAGUUCGUCGUCAUGUCUUUUCAUUGGAAUUUUCAUGUCUUCUCAGCACACUUGUAAGUUUUGGCAUGUUAAAGUAUUUUGUGUAAUUGUUACAUCAUGAUGAAAACAUGUGCUACAUGUGUGUUGAUGGAAAGCGAUCUAUUUGCAUUUAGACUGACUGAGAGCUAUCAGUUUUUCCUUUCGAGAAAAAUAAAAGGCCAACACCAUGGUUAAAAAGGGUUUUUGUUAACCAUGCUCAAAGUUGCCACUACUCGUGUAUCAUCCAAGCUAUCAUGUGUGUUGAUGGAAAGCGAUCUAUUUGCAAUUAGACUGACUGAAAGCUAUCAGAUUGUCCUUUCGAGAAAAAUAAAAGGCCAACACCAUGGUCAAAAAAGGGUUUUUGUUGACCCCUUGGUUGCUACACAUUCAAUCCUCAUAUCCUUGGAAUGGACCCACUCUUCUCGUUCCUGGAUUCGUCUCUUAGCUGAGGUUGAUAAAUUGAAACGUCAAAUGUCUGCGAACGUCUCUGCCCUUCCUAUUAACGUCGAAUGCCUGAUCGAUGAAAGAGAUUUCUCUGCAAAGAUGAAAAGAUCCGACAUGGAAGAGCUUUGCGCCCCUCUCUUCGAACGAGUUGAAAAAACAUUGCGACGAUGUCUUGCCGAAUCGGGACUGAAACAGGAAGAUAUUUCUGAGAUUGAACUUAUUGGUGGCUCGACUCGUAUCCCAGCUGUCAAAUCACUAAUCGAGCAGGUGUUUGGCAAACCACCCUCCACAACUCUGAAUCAGGACGAAUGCGUUGCCCGUGGCGCUGCUGCAAGAAAGCGUACACUGCUUACAAUAGCGGUGUUGCAGCCUACGAUCACUGGACGCCCGAAGAAGCAAAGAAGUUGGAACUAGCAAUUGCUUAAAAAGUUUCUUGGUUGGAUGCCAACAUCAGCCGUGUGAAGGCAACUCUUAAGACUAAGGACUUGCCUAUUAAAGCCGCUGCCUUCCAUAGCGAACACCAGGCUUUUGAAAGCAGCAUGAAUCCAGUUUUGAACAAACCCAAACCACAGCCUCCUGCCCCACCGGCUGAAGCUGCACAGUCGGGCAAGCCAGAGGAUGCUGCCAACGGCUCAACAAUAGUGCUCCCAGAAUUGAUCCGCGGACCGCAGUCCCGACUCCAUCAUGCGAAAUUAAUUGGCCGUGCAUCACCAACUUAUAUCGGAUGGGCGCUCCGUAUUGAAAACUAUUGCUAAAUUUCAUAAAGCUUUACAUAAUUUUGCUUGGACAAUCAUGUGUAAGUGGUGUAUAAAAUGAAAUGCGUGUUGAAUACAAAUUUUAAAUCGCG